CCUCACAGGGUCUCAGCCCUGAAGACGGCCUGCCUGGCACUCCUGGCCUCCAUCAGCACGGACCAUGAAAGUAAAAAAAAUCGCAGUGAUUGGCGCCGGGGUCUGCGGCUUAGGUGCCAUUAAGAGCUGCCUGGAGGAGGGACUGGAGCCCACGUGUUUUGAAAAGGGCAGUGACAUUGGAGGACUGUGGAGAUACGAGGAGACACCUGACUCUGGACGAGCUGGCAUAUACAAAUCCCUUACCUGCAACACCUCCAAGGAGAUGACAGCUUUCAGCGACUACCCCGUUCCCGACCAUUUUCCCAACUACAUGCACAAUUCCAAAAUGAUGGAGUAUCUCAGGAUGUACGCCAGGCACUUUGGUCUCAUGCAGCACAUCGAGUUCCUGGCAAAGGUGUGCAGCGUGAGGAGGUGCCCUGACUUUUCAUCCUCUGGCCAGUGGCGAGUUGUGGUCGAAGUUGAUGGGAAGCAGAAAUCCUACAUCUUCGAUGGGGUCAUGAUCUGCAGCGGCCGUUACACUGAAAAGCAUUUGCCCUUACAGGAGUUUGCAGGCAUCCAGGAGUUCCGGGGCAGAUACCUGCACAGCCAGGAGUACAAGCACCCAGACACUUUUGCGGGGAAGAGAGUGGUUGUGAUUGGCAUCGGGAACUCUGGAGCAGAUGUGGCUGUCGAGAUCAGUCGCGUUGCUGAACAGGUUUUCCUCAGCACGAGACGCGGCGCGUGGAUUUGGAACCGGGUGUGGGACGACGGCAACCCCAUGGACACCGUGCUCUUCACCCGGUACAACAGGGCAGUCCAGAAACUGCUGCCCUCCUUCCUGAUCAACAGGUGGGCAGAGAAUAAGCUGAACAGACGGUUCAACCACGCCAACUACGGGCUGCAGGCUGCACACAGAUUUCUCAGCCAUCAGUCUACUUUCAGUGAUGACCUGCCAAAUCGCAUAAUCACAGGAAGAGUGCUGAUGAAACCAAAUGUGAAGGAGUUCACCAAGACAUCCGCCAUCUUUGAGGAUGGCACUGAAGAGAACGUGGACGUCGUCCUCUUUGCCACAGGAUACACCUUCUCCUUCCCUUUCUUGGAGGACGACUUGGCAAUCCUGGACAGCCAGCACUCCAUGUAUAAGUUCGUCUUCCCUCCUCAGCUGGAGAAGCCAACGCUGGCUUUCAUUGGCAUCCUCCAGCCAGUGGGAGCCCUCAUUCCCACGUCCGAACUCCAGAGCCGAUGGGUUGUGCGUGUAUUCCAAGGACUGAAAAAAUUACCCUCAGAGACCGACAUGAUGGCUGAGGUCAACAGAAGGAAAAUGAAAAUGGCAAGAGAGUUCAUGGAGAGCCCAAGAGACGCACAUCGAGUGCAGUACAUCGACUACAUGGACGAAAUUGCUUCUGAGCUCGGAGUCAAGCCCAGCCUGUUCUCCCUCCUCCUCUGGGAUGCCAAGCUGGCCAAGGAGGUUUUCUAUGGGCCCUGCACCCCAUACCAGUACCGCCUGCAGGGGCCCGGCAAGUGGACGGGGGCCCGGGCAGCCAUCCUCACCCAGAGAGACCGGAUCCUCAAGCCCCUGAGGACGCGUGUGCUGCAACCCUCUGGCUCCUCUUCCUCUAGGUGGCUGUGGGUGGCAAGGGUCUGCGCGGUCCUUUUUCUCUCUGCUUCUGUGGUCAUCAUCAUGCAGAUGAUCUAUCAUUAGGCUCACGUGGACACAGAUGGUCCUGGAACCAGAGAAGAACCAGGCACUUAGAUUUGAAUUCUGUCAAAAGGAAAUCAGUUAGUUAUAUGUACAUAUGGGGGCCAACUGGUUAUAUGGGGAAAGUUUCAUUAGGCUGCUAGCUCACAUGUGCACAUUUAAAUCAGAACCAACUAACCCCAGAGCGCCUCCUCAAACAUACCAGUGUCACAUGGAGACAGUACCUCUUCAGUGGAAAACGUGACAGCUAACACCAUCACCGACUGGUGGACAGCACAGCAGUGGGAGACCAACCUGAGGUUUCGCAGCUGCUAGUGUGACGCAGUGAGAUCACCUAUCUGGUGUUCUUGCCAAAAAUGUCUGAUUCCUGCGUAAUCAUGAAGAGUGAUCAGAGAAAUGAAGAAAGAGCUACGAGUACGAGACAUCGCAUGUGCUCGAGGAAGGUCAAUGUCCUUGAGAAGUACACUAAAGAGACUAGGAAAAUUCUCUGCUCAGUGGAGACUAAGGAGGCUUGAUGGCCAAAAGGCUGUCCAGGACAACUGGGGGUUUAGCAGGCACUGUGGGUUAGAUGGUCUCACUGAGCUACCAAUAGCAUUAUCUGACACAGCAAGGGUUUGUGGGUAUGCCGUGAAACAAGCUUGCACUGGAAGAUGUACGCAGAAUUGGCACGAUGAAGUGCUGCGAGAUCCACAGGUCAUUUGCAAAAGAUUCAGAAAGAAGUGUUGUGGGUUCGCACGGGGCAUACAGGAGAGGACCACAAGAGGGACAAAGCUCUAACCGCUGGGGCCUGCAGGUAAAAGGUGAGACGAGUUCAUCAUAGUAUUCCUUCCGCUCUUUUGCAAACUUGAGAGGUUCAAAAUAAAGGAUUUUAGGAAAGAAUUUCUUCUUGGUAAUGAUUUAUAUCUGUGCCAAAGGUAGCUCACAAAUUUCACUUUAAUUUUUUAGUAGCCAAACCAAGGAAGACAGCUUAGAUCAGCAAAUGAUAGGGCUAUGAGAUAAAAGCAGACCAACUUCCAAGAAGAAUAAUAGUCAUGUUAGGUGUUAAAAAGAGACACAGCUUCUACUAGGGAUUCUUGUAGAUGAGGACACUAUGUUUAACCAAAAUGACUUCUAGACACACAGAGUAGCCCAGAGUGGUGGUGCACACCUGCAAUCCCAGCCACUCGGGAGGCGAGACAGGACGACGGCAGGUCCAAGGCCAGCCUGGGCA